AUGGCGCCUCCCAAAGGCAUGCCCUUCCUCGAUCAGUUGUACUAUCAUGUCGCCCUGCCGCGAAACGUCCCCGGUCAGGAGGACAGGAACCUUCGCCGCCUUGAGGAGGCACUUUUGGUACGAUUUAUCAAUACCACUUCGAGUCUUUCCACGCAUGCGAUGCCGGAACACCAAAGCCACAUACGAGCCCUCCAAGACGCACUGGUAACGUGCAAAUCGCUGAAUGUGGACGGCAUGAUUACAAGAUCGACCCUACUAAGGGAGCUUCGCAAUUUCACCUCGCGCAAGAUGUUAAUUCUCUACGCGUCCGCCCAAAAUUGCGCUCUUCUUGUUUACGAACACUCCAUCGACUGUGGUGAACGACGCGUCGUCAUUGAGGCGUUUGAAACCUCUGCCACAUGCGAUAAAGUCCUUGCUACCAAGAACGCGCUCCUAUGGGACUUCCCUGGCUGUGCUGUAUCUAUCCCUUACGAGACCUUCUCGGAGGACUCGUUUCAAGAAAGCUUGGCUGCUUUCAUGGAGCAGGCUAGCACCGAAUACAUCGCCAAAUUUGCCUCCACAACGUGCAAAGCGGCCGCCUCACUCCCAGAAAUUCGAGAUACUUCUGACCCUGCCAUCGUGUCUGGUCUGUUGAUGACGUUAUUGGAAGCAAACGGUAAUGCUAUACAAGUACCAAUUUUGCGAAAGCGUGUGCGCGACACGGUAUCGUUCGACAAAGCGCGUAAGCCAUGGCGGAGGUCCCCCUUCUAUCUUGUCAUUCGGGUAGCCAUGCAGCGCUACUUGUAUAGACUUUUCGGAGCGGAUAUUGGGCGGCUCCACUACAAGUUCACCAUGUGCCUUUUUCUCUCCCAAUUCCUGGAAGAAGUUCUGAAGCGAAUCCCUUUCGAAGCAUCUUUCUAUCUACGACAGAAGUUAGGACGCCGCCUCGCUAAAAUCGAUUCAGACGCCGAUCAAGCUACUGAAACCACAAGGAAGACUUACGUUCAUCUAGUUCGAUCUCUAGAACCAGGAUUCAACGGUAUAAUAUCAACAACGGGAGGGUAUCUGAAGUCAGUGUGGCGAAACCACAAGCAAGCGUGUGAACGCAAAGUUCCACUCUUGCGCCGACACGCUUAUCCUACGGAGCUCAACUUACGACUGACUAACAGCGCUAAACUUCUCCGUGGAGUUCUGCUCCAUCAGGCCAAUGACACAAACAUCCAACCGUACGCGGUUUCUGACUUGCUGGAGCAGUAUGAGCAAUCUCCCGCUUCCGUCAAGCCCUAUAUGGAAAUUACACGCCGUCAUAUCUCCAUAUCUCAAUACCACGAGGACGUGAUUGCACCGAAAUUGGCUACUGCAAACGCUGAAGGCUCACGCUUCAUCGUGGAGAUGAGCAAAGUUAUAAAGGAGUACGUGCGAAUAAUUAAGGAUUCAGCGGAUGGGUAUCCUGAUCAGAAGAGUCAAAUGCUCCUAUAUCUCUUCGAGAUAUGGGUGUUGAUGGACAGGGCAGCCGUGAAGCUUUACCCACUUCUGGAGGAGUACCGUUGCGGUUUCGAUUACGAUAUUCUCGAUCCUAUACAGCUGCUCACACUCCAAGAGCUGAAUCGUGUGCAAGACGUUCAAGCCCAUCUCACCGCGCGAAACCCGUCUCGUCAAGGGUUCGGAUGCAAGACCAUUUUCGACGAUCCUGGGGAUUCCUGUUUUGCUGCGAGAUAUUACGACUGUUCUGACACAUCAAGGGAUCUCCUGGAAAUGCGCGAAGAUAUCGAGGAACAUGCUUCUUAUAGGUUCGACGCCAAAGAAGUCGAAUGGGAGAAAACAACGCAACUAUACAAGGAUCUAACCGAACAACGAAAUGAAACAGAUUGCCUUUGGGACCCAGUUGUUCUUUGGGACGGCACAACCGAGUCCCAACACCGGUGGCCCUGCAAACGACAUGCUCUUCAAGACAAGGCGAACAAUUUGAGGAUCAAGAUCUACGAACAUCCAUUACCUGGUUGGGAACCGGCUGCGAAAGCAACGCUCUUUGAGCUGAGAUGUCCUGAAGAUUUUGCAGCGUAUCGAGAUGCCACCUGGUUCAUCCUUUCCACGCUAUGUCACCCACCAACCGCUUGCCUCGAUCAAGUUUCCCUGAUCCGAGAGUACUCGCAACUUCGUCCGUAUGCCAACGAUACUACGUGUAACGUCGUCUUAGGGUCCGAACAGAAGGCACAUGUCAAGACACACUAUUCGGGAUGGGAGUUCCCCAUUGAUUUGUCUACUGUACGCCGGGUCUGCGGUCUGAAGCCGAAGUACUACGAUACUUCGACUCAAACCUGGACUGGCAACCGAAAAAAAGCUUCACUCUGGCAUCAUUUCCCAUUGAUGCUACCAAACGACUCCCCGCUUCAAGUUUUGAAUCUUUCUUUCCAGGACUGGCCUACGUCGAAUCUUGUUCAAGCGAGCCAGGCUGAUUGUCCUACUGACCAGAAUGUACAUGAAUUCAUGGCAUGGCAAGGACUUCUAGUUGGGACUCAUUCCCGGUGGCUGGAUCUCUUACGCGAAAUGGGGUCCACUAGCCUCAACUUCUCAGCAGAAACGACUUGGACUUUGGUACAUCGCCUGGCUCUCCAAGUUGGUCCUACCACUUCAAGCGAUGAUCCUCGACGGGACGUGCAUUCCGCGAUUCUUGACUAUGCCAUCUGUUCGAAACUUCUUCAGCAGGUUCAACAACGACUGGAAGCCAUAAAUCGGAAUUGGCGUGAGCCAAUUCAAAUGGACAUUCUCAUUACGAUCCUUUCCAAGAUCGCUUCGCUUUCGGCAACCAGUACUGUUAGGUCUGAGGCCAAGGGCCUUCUCCAAAAGGCACGCCGUAUAACUAAUACCUGGCGUGCAGAGCUACAGUCAAUUAUCACCGAAGACUCCAAAGUUACUCAAUUCGCGGUUUGGGCGUCGCUUUUAUGCAAACGAACGUUCCAUCUGAACCAGGACUUGUUACUUGACCCUGAGGCCCUUCGCCACUUCAUCGAUGCUUCAAUAUCUUUGCAUUACAACCUCACAGGAGUGUUCAGCUCAAUGCCAUACAAUCUGCGGAACGCGAUCAUCCUGGAUGUAUUGUUCGCUUACGAAAACCGCGGCUUCAUUAAGAAUGCCAUCAUUGCAGAGUCGGUAGCUCUCGUUGGCGCCGUAGACAAUCUUUGGCACAUUCCACAAGACCAGAAGGCAGUCAACCCUAUUCCACAGCCGAUCCCUGAUACAUCGUGGUUCCUACUUACAGUAGGUUCGGAAACCAUGAGGCACUCCUAUUCUGUGCACUAUAAUUAUCUAUAUGGAACCCUUCUCAUUGAUGGGAAGGAGAUGGGUGCCCUCCCACUAGCUUAUCGAAGUCAUUCAAGCUAUGGCAAAAUGUUCGGGAAUAAGAUUCCCAUAGUCUUUCCCUCGCCGCUGCAUGGUAUGUCUUUCGCAUUGUUAGAGCCCAUGAAAAACGAUCAUCGCAUCCACCUUGGUUUUCGCAACAAUGUGACUGGUGGUAAAGACAUGGUUAUCCGCGCAGUGCAAAAAGGCCAACUUUUGGAGUUCAUACCGCCCUGUAUCUUCGGAAAUCAAUCACCUGAUCUUCCUGCACCUUUGCUCGAAGGAUGUUUUCACUGGCUAAAUGUUCACACUGGUCAGCUAGAGAUACGUCGACAGGAUAUCUGGGCAUCAAAGCCAGGCAAUUGGUCCAUCGUUGGUAUUCAUACGGGCUUACAUCAGGCAAUUCGAUUUUACGGAGAGCCAAGAGAGGCGAGGUUACUCGACCCAUCAAGUGCCCUGGCUCGGGAGAUCACACGAAUUUUCGAGGCUUUUGAGCACCCCGAUUACAUCACGGUGUUUGCUUCAAGAGAUCUUGGAGUAGCGGUAGAGUUGAAGCGUUUGGAACUAAGCUUCUUUGUCAACGACGUGGGGCUUCUGUAUUCCAAGCAACUUAGUGCUGUCAUUCUACAGAAUCAAGAUGCCGGAACGUGGUAUGGACUCAGGAGUAAGAUCGUUAUUCAAUCCAUUGCGAAUCGUCGCCAGAAAAGCAUACUUAUCCCCUUGGGAGACAUUCGAAGCUCAAGGGAGGGACAUCACGUGUCAGUUGAACUAGAAAUGGGCAGCGGUGUCUAUCUAAAGUUCGGUAUUGACGAAGUACUCGGUCGUAUACAUUGCCCUCCUGAACCGAGGCUGAUAUACAUGAAAGCUCUGCUUCACGCGUACACGUCGCAUGUCAUGUAUGACCCGUUGACAAAGCGCACUGGCUCCGAGGAAACCAUCCAUCUCCUUCAAACGGGCUCUUACUUUCCCUGGAGUCCGUUGUCUGAUGAAAAUGUAAAAACGUUGAAGCAGAUAGCGGAUCUAUCGCCUCUACGAGGUUAUUAUCCCAAAGAUGGACGGUGCAUGGAAACGGUCACUUGGCAGCCAGCCCUCCCAGUCUCGAUACAGGAUGAUCGGUAUCGUGCACUGAUUGAGAUGAUACUAUCAAGAUCUUCAGACCUCUCCAGCUUCUUUCUCGGUCGACUACCUCAUAUUCCAAUGGAACUAUCUCCCGGUAACCCUCACCUGGAAGUUCGGGCCAUGUCGCGCAGCCAUGCGCACAAAUUCAAGCAAGACAUAGUGUACCACGCGCGGGACAAUCGAAAGACGACACUGGAUCGAAUAAACGUCAUUGAAAUAUCCAAAUUACUUCUCAGAUGGCAGCCGCACUGCUCCGAUGGGCCAACCCUCCUAUCCCUCCUACACGAUGCCCCAGUCGUCGGCGGUUAUGACAAGUUUUUCCAAAAAUGCCUCCUCUCCGAACAUCUUGUGGUAGACGUCCGAGCGGAUUGGGGCGCUCUCGUGCAGAGAUUUCUCGAUUGCACUGCUAAAGAUCGUUACAAACUGAUGUUCCUUCUUGGCCCAAUGGUUUUCUCUAUCGAUGCAAACCUGGAUUUAAUACGUAUCCUUGUCUCUUUUGCCAUGAUACCGGAGAUAAGAGCGCUCCAUCCACCACAGCAUCCCGCUUAUCACCACUUCCGAGCCGAUGGAGUUCCCAAAGCUGAUUACCUUGUCUCAUUGAUGGCGAAGGCGAAGAUGCCUUUCUCAGAACUUGGCUUCAAGAAGCGACAUCAAAUGGUGGUUGCGAAGGGUCAUCACAGUGAGUGGGUUGACAAAAGCUGCGAGUUGCUUGCCUAUUCGAUACAAAAGCAGUGGCCGAGUCCCGAGAUCGAUCUCCAAGAAUUGGUGUAUAUCGAUUCAGCGCAUCUCAAUGUUGAAAGGGCUCUGGCCGACCUGUCUCCCGAGUGGAUCCGCCUCACGCGUAACCAUGAACUGGCAAUACAUCUUGAGAAGGUACAGACAGUUCUGGACCGGGUCACUGCGAACGAGGCCACCGUUCCAGGGUUGGGUCUUCCGGUCCUGCGCGGUGAAGAAGAGAUCCUGUCGCAUCGCGCAACAUUAUAUCCAACGCGAGUGAGGGACCGUGACAACCCUACCCUUUCGCGACUGUUGCAUAAUACCCUUGAUCUAUUUUCUGCACCUGGACUCACCUUUCUCCCUCAUAUCACCACCAACUCGAACGUCUCCACGCUGGCGAUGAGAUCUGGGAACGUCCCCGGAGACCGACUUGGACUUCAACGAUGCGAUGGUUGGAACAAGAAAAUACCUAGAGAUGGUCCUAACCGGGUACCAAACGUCCAGAGGCCGCGGUUCAAGCAUCAUAUACACGAGAUUAGCUUGCUUCGGAACAUCGUUGCGAGCUUUGAGGGUACUUCUUCUUUCGUGCAGUCACGAUACGCAAAGGAAUUGAAGUUGAGUAUCAAUGCUCUACAAGGCUACUUAAGUAGACGCCCGGAAGAUACUCGUGCAUCAGACUCUAGAGUAACGAGUCUUGAGAUUAUGCCUGCGAAACACAAAGCUAUGGGGGUGGCAGAAUAUAUUCGAGGUACCCUUCAAGCACAAAGCCCACAAGCGAAGUGGCUCCAAAUGGUUGAUUUGUGGCCAAGAAUGACGACUGUGGACUUGCUCACUGAGCUACGAAGUACUUCAGGCACUGUAUUUGGAGAAGGCGCACGGAAAGCCCUUGUCACCUUUGGGCUAGCUAUUAGCAAAUGGCAGCACCUACUCCGAAUUCAAGACGCCCAAAAGAGACGCAAAGAACAGCAGGAGCGAGACGAAUUGGCCAAUCAAGGCCACACCAACUGGAGCCCUCUCAUCUACUCAGACUGGCUACUUCUCGAAAUUGAUGGCGAUAUCCUUCUUCGGGAGGAACAAGUUCAGGUAGCCUUAGCAACGAUAUCACCAGAGUCAGGCGAAAACUCGGUACUCCAACUGUUAAUGGGCAAAGGAAAAACCUCAUGUAUCUUGCCUAUGGUGGCCGCUGUCUUGGCAAACCAACUGGAUCUUGCUCGCAUUGUAGUUCCCAGACCACUCCUCCUACAAUCGGCACAGGUUAUGCAAGCUAAGCUAGGAGGCUUGGUUAAUCGCCAAAUUAUCCACGUUCCCUUUUCUCGCAAGACACCGACAACUCAAGCUCUCAUGCGCCUUUAUCGGAAACUACAUUCUCAGGCUAAGGACAAUAGCGGUAUCAUACUUGCGCUUCCUGAACACAUCCUGUCAUUCAAACUGAGUGGGAUGCAACAACUUUGCGACAAUCACGUCACAGAGGCAUCCACGAUGAUCAGAACCCAGAAAUGGCUGGACAAGCAUGUUCGAGACGUUCUGGAUGAAUGCGAUGUAUCUUUUGCGAUUAGAACGCAACUAAUAUAUCCAUCUGGUAACCAAAUGACUGUUGACGGCCAUCCGCUACGCUGGCAAAUUACGCAAAUGUUAUUACACCAUGUGAAAGACUUCUUACCAACCGUACAAGCACGCUAUCGCCGCAGCAUUGAAAUCGUGGAGCGGGGUGUCGAAGGCUUUCCAUUGAUUUACUUCUUACGCAAAGACGCAGAGGAUUUUCUCAUUGAGCUCUUGUUACGCCUGAUUUGCAAUGGGCAGGCUCAAUCAAUUUUGCCCUGUGCCGAGCUUCCGGAAGCUGCUCGACAAGAUGUGAAGGCAUAUAUAUCACUACCAAUGGUGCGAACCGAGGUAACCAGUAGGGUCAUCGAGUACCUCCGAGAUCAGAAGUUGAUGAAGAUCGUUACACUUCUGCGAGGGUUAUUUGUGCAUCGCAUUCUGAUAUCUUGCCUCAAGAAGCGAUGGAAUGUGCAGUACGGGCUUCAUCCUAGGCGAGCUCCGAUAGCGGUACCGUAUCUAGCGAAAGGCGUGCCCUCGCCUACUGCCGAAUGGGGUCAUCCUGACGUUGCAAUCGUUUUGACCUGCCUAUCGUUCUAUUACCAAGGACUCACUAUUGGUCAAUUCAAGCAAGCAUUCGAGCAACUUGUGAGAUCGGAUGAGCCCAGCGUGGAAUACGAGAAAUGGAUCAUGAAUUCCAGUAUACCGAACGGAUUGGAUGAUUUCGCGACUAUCAACGUCGACGACAACUGGCAGCUCAUGGAAGUCCACCGUUCCAUUAGAUCCAACGCCGAUUUGAUCAACUUCUACCUCAAUAACUUUGUGUUCCCUAAGUACGCGAAGACGUUCAGCCUCAAACUCCAGGCUUCGGGCUGGAAUCUGUUUCCAUCUCUGUCAGUCCAUGCAAAAGGAUGCCGGGUCACAGGGUUUUCUGGCACGAACGACUCUAGGCACCAAUUGCCUAUGCUGAUCAAGCAAGCAGAUCUGCCGCAUCUCGAGCACACGAAUGCGGAAGUACCGUUCUACUUACUAGCACCUCGAAACCAAGGCUACGUUAGAAUGACCCACGUGACGGGAGCGCGUUGGACGGAAAUCGAUCUACUUGAUCACCUCACGAAUCGAGUCAAACGCCCUCAACAAGAGCUCAGAUACACAGAAAAGAUCAGAAUUCUCAUUGAUGCAGGGGCGCAGAUCCUCGAGCACUCGAAUCGCCACUUCGCCAGCGCUUGGCUGGAGCGUGACACCACUGAAGCGGCCGCCGCUGUAUACUUCGGUGAUGAUCAUCGCGCCUGGGUAAUCUAUCCCAAUUCAAACAAACGCAUGCCUCUCUUAGCUUCACCAUUCGCUGAUAGUCUGGAUCGUUGUCUGGUGUACUUGGAUGAGUCGCACUGCCGGGGCACAGAUCUUAAGUUGCCUACUGACGCAAGGGCGGCUCUGACCCUAGGUCCACACCUAACUAAAGAUGCCUUGGUUCAGGCGGCAAUGCGUUUGAGACUACUCGGGCAAUCACAAUCCGUCAUUUUCUAUUCGCCUCCCGAAGUUCACCAAGGCAUACUAGACCGUUUGCAGAAGGACGAGUUCUUUCUACCAGACUCCGCAGCCGUACUCCAAUGGGUUAUUGGUCAGACCUGCGACACCAUCGAACAGCAAGACCCGUCUUACUUCGCACAGACAUCUCAUUACCUGAAGCAAGAGCAAGCUCAACUUGAGUACCCCGAAUACCUUGAGGAUGAACAAUCACGUGUCGGGUUCUUGGCCGCGGUACGUAUCAAGGAGUCCAUGUCGCUCAAGCAAUUAUAUGAGCCAAAGACACAGCGCCAUACGGCAAAUGCGAUUGCAUGGAAUCAACAUCUGCAACCUUUUGCCAACGCGUUGCAGCUUCGGAAGAAGCACUUCCAGGACCGUGGUUCUGCGGUACAUGCUUCGGUACUUGAAGAGGUCGAGAUCGAGCAGGAGCGUGAAGCAGAGCGCGAGGUGGAGAACGAAGUUGAGGACGUCCGCGAAACACAACGGCCACCGCGCUUUAGUGCCUGCAAGAUCUCAACGCUGCAUGAGGACGUCAAGCACUUUGCCACCGAAGGCAGGUUAGUUGCCGGCAGUGAUGCCUAUAACCCAAUGUUCUCGGUACUUGGACGCACUGCGCUGGGUACGAAGCAUGCUAUUUCUGUGAAUAUGAAUUCAAAUCUCUGGGUGUCCAAGCAGUUUACCCGAACGGUCGAUACUUAUGAGUCCAAUGACAACUACAUCAGGUCCUGCCAUUGGGUCCUUUGGAGCUUCAUCAGCCAGAAAGCCCUCAUUAUCAGCCCUGAGGAGGCCAACGAGCUAAUUCCGAUCUUACGUCCGAGUACUUCCUACAACGCCGGCGUUGAUAUUGGUGUUCAUCUUGUUCUCUAUUCUACCCCCGUCACCCGAAGGAUGCUCCACUUCAACCGCCUCGACUACUAUGCCAUUCCCUCUCUCCCCACAGAUUUCAAAGCUCCUGUCUGGCUCAGUGUCGAGUUGGGGAUCUUUUCCGGUCGCUUGCACUUUGAGUGGGACGAGUAUCACGAGCUCCUGAGUUAUCUCGGUCUAUGUCAAGACCCCUCUCCAGACUUGCAGAAGCAGGCGUUCGCUCCGAAACCUCUUACAUUCCUUCACGAGUGGAUCGCACUUCGUCGCAAGGGACAAGACUUUGAGCAUACGCCCAUGGGUUUUGUCACGACGGGAAAGCCUCUGACUGCGAACCAUCCCUUCUUUCGUGCACUCGCACAUGAUGCCUGUGAUCCGGACAUCCGACCUCAAGUUGCUCGCAUCACUUCAGGACAUGGUGAUGAUGGUGAGAUCGAAGAAGAUGACGGUGACCACGACGAUGAUGAGUUCGUCCCAGCUGUCGAGCAUAUUGAUGACUCGGACGUUGAGGAUGAGAGGUUGGAGUCGGAGGACGAUGGAGAGUAUGUUGAUGCUGCUGAAGCCCCUGAGGACGCAGACUGA